UAAACUAGAGCGAGCGACCGCGCAUGCACGUAAACUGAGUUCAACAGGCGCGUUAUUUUACGUCAUCAAGAGCGACGAUAACUGAUAUUAGCGACUUGGAGAGCAUUUCGCGUUCCUAAACGUAGGCCUAAUUGAUUCUUUCUACGCUCUUGCCAUCGCAUUAUUAUAUUGCACAGAAACAGAAGUCAGAAAGGAGAAGCUGCUUUUUAAUUCAAUAUCAAGAUGGAAGUGAAAGAGGAGACAUGUGACAGAAAUAUCAUGGAGAUAAUGAAUGUAACUAUCAAGGAGGAGGAGGACUGUGAAUGGGAGGCAGUCCGGUCCAAACAGGAUAGUCCCAACAUUAUGAAUGAGGAUUAUGAACUGGUGACUUUGGGCAUUAAAGAAGAGAUUGAAGAGAUGUCUGUCAGCAUUGAGACACACAAAUAUAAAAGUGGGGAAACUGUCGACCUUAAGGUGAGGUGUGAAUCAUUACCAUCUGACACAAAGAGGAUUGUGGAAAUUAGAACUCAGAAUGAUCAGCCAUCACCUACACAUUGGUCUGAACAAAAAUCACAAGAGAGUGUACCUUCUUUUCCCCAAAUAUCUUUGCAGUGCAGACCACAACUAACAGAGCAACAUGAAAAUUCAAAGAUAUUAAAAUCAGGAUCAGAGAUCUUGACACCAAACUCAUUGCAGCAGAGUUCUCUGCCUAGUGUAAAGCUAACAAGGACAGAUGAAAUGAGCACUCAACAACAGAUACCCAAUGCAAAUUUGUCUGAAUUAUCUGUUUUACAAGAGCAGAGGAAAAAGUUAAAACAAAAAUCUAAAGACAAUGGUAAGAAGGACAGUUGUACAAAAAAGAAGCCAUAUUGCUGUUCUGAGUGUGGCAAGCAAUUCUCUGCCCAUAGUAGUCUUCAGAUUCACAUAAGAACUCACACUGGGGAGAAACCAUACUGCUGUACUGAAUGUGGGAAAGAGUUCUCACAGAUAUGUAAUCUUCAGAGACACACAAGAAUUCACACUGGAGAGAAGCCAUAUUUCUGCACUGAAUGUGGGAAACGAUUCACCACCAGUAGUGAUCUUCAUAUUCACACAAUAGUUCACACUGGAGAGAAGCCAUAUUGUUGUUCUGAAUGUGGCAAACGAUUUUCCAAGAAUGCUAAUCUUCAGAUUCACUCAAGAAUUCAUACUGGAGAAAAGCCAUACUGUUGUUCUGAAUGUGGGAAACGGUUCACCAAGAAUAGCGAUCUUCAGAUCCACACAAGAAUUCAUAUUGGGGAGAAGCCAUAUUGCUGUUCUGAAUGCGGCAAGCAAUUCUCACAAAUGGGCACUCUCAAGAGACACACAAAAAUUCAUACUGGGCAGAAGCCAUAUUGCUGCUUUGAAUGUGGAAAGGAAUUCUCCACCAGUGGCAAUCUUCAGAGACACACGAGAACUCACACUGGGCAUAGGCCGUAUUGUUGUACUGAAUGUGGAAAUCUGUUCUUACAAGUUGACCAUCUUAAGAUCCAUUUAAGAAUUCAUACUGGAGAGAAGCCAUAUUGCUGUGCUGAAUGUGGCCAAAGAUUUAUUAACAGUAGUAGUCUUCAAACACACUCAAGGAUUCAUACUGGAGAGAAGCCAUAUUGCUGUUCUGAAUGUGGAAAACGAUUCACCACCAGAGGCAAUCUUAAUCAGCAUAUUAGAAAUCAUACUAAAGAGAAGUCCUGAUCUACAGCACAAACAAAAAAAAAGCUUCUAGGUCCAUCUUCACAUCCUGCUGAUUAUUGUAAUCCCACAUGACCUGAAAAAGGAGACAUUAUUGGGAACAAAUCUUGUGCUGUACAAAGCAAUGGUUGCGCAAUUAAGGGAAUAACAGUAGCAGCAGUACAACAGAAACCUUAUGACUAAAAAGUGAAGUUCACUCCAGUUUUCAUAGUAAAUAAUCCAAGACAUUUUGGAGUAAUUAACCCGGAGAGAAGUAGUACUGCUAUUCUGAAUGUGGCAAAUGAGUUAUUGAUAGUGGCGACCUUUAGAGACACAAAUUAAUUUGACACUGCUCAGCAGAAGCAGUUUCAGAUUUGAACAGUCUAGAUAAUGCACCAGGCUAUAUACAUUAUGUUCCCCUGGCAGAUAUGUAAUUGGGAAAUUGAGAAAAUGAUAGAAUAAUGACCAAUGUACUUGAUUGCUAUUUAGUUUUCAGACAAAUGAGAUUUUUAUUAUCUGUGAAAAUCUUGAAAGUGUGAACACCUUCUCCCAACCUAUGGCUCCAUUCCUCUAAUGACAAUUUUAAGACUAACAUUUCCUAAAUCAUAAUUUUAUUCUAAAGCCUACCACAUUGUACAAUAGUAAGUACAUGAGUGAAAUCUUUUAGCAUCCAGAAAUUGUUUAGACAAAACUGCUACAAACCAAUACUAGAUGCAUCUACUUCCACUUGAAAGACUAAGGUGAUAUUUGGGUGUCUAAGGGUAGGAGUAGAGGUGAAUGUAUCCUUUAUCUGUAUCAAAAGCCUGUUGAGCUUCCUCAAUUCACACAGAUGUCUUAGUAGAUGUUUCAGUCAAAGAAUAGAACUGAUUAAGGAGAUGAAAUUUCUAAUAAACAAUUGACAAUAGUUGGCAAAGCCAAACCUGUUUAAUAAUUUCUGGAGGUUUCCCAUUAAGAAUGGUAGUAGUUUUAUCAAGAUGCAUUUCAAGAUUAGCUUAUCUAGUACCAUACCACAAAAUCAAUGAAAAAUAUACUUCUGUAAUUUGGCAAAUGAUCUGUUUGCCAAGAUUUUGGGUAACAUCUCUCUUACAAUAAGAACAUGCAAUUCAAUGCCCAGACAGCAGAUUAAAUUAUCACCAAUGUAUGCCAGAACUGUAUAACCCAGUAAAUCCUGAGAAAUGUAAUUGACGAAAGACUGUAGGACUGUUGAUGAAUUUGCCAAACUCUUGGACAUUACCAAAUAUUCUUAAUAGCCCAAUGUAGUGUUAAAAGUGAUAUUUUAUUUGACACAAAUUCAAAUUAGAUUUGCUUUCACAUGUAAGAUCAAAGUUAACUAAAAACUGUGGAAUCAAUCAUUUGAUCAUGGAUGGAUGGAUAUCUAUCUAUCUAUCUAUCUAUCUAUCUAUCUAUCUAUCUAUCUAUCUAUCUAUCUAUCUAUCUAUCUAUCUAUCUAUCUAUCUAUUUGCCCCAAGGGAGAAUUUUUACAAUGAACUUUUAAUGAAAUGAAUUUUAAUAGAACUAGAUCUUAAUUGUAAUUUUGUUAAGAUCCCUGUAAUCCAUGGGGGCUUUCUUAGAGAUUAAAAUAACAUCCUGCACCAUUCAGACUAGACUAUGAUCUAGUUAACCCAUUAGCUAUAUUCCUGAACAUACUCUUCCACAGCCUUUGUCUCGUGAUGAGAUAAUGGAUAAAACCUUCCCUUAAGCAGUCCCACUCCAAACUAAUGGCAUAAUCAUAUGGACAAUGCAGAUUUUAAAUUAAUGACUGUUGUUUACUGAAAAUAUCCUCAAAGUCUGCACAUUGACUGAGUGCAAAAUUAAUACUGCCACAGAAAAUGGUCUUACUAAAAGGUUAGCUCUCUAAUAGCUCAGUCUAUGUCUUCAGAAUGUUUCCUUAACCAUGGGUAACCGAAGAUCCCCUUAAUUUUACAGGACUUCAACAAAUAAAAGGAAAUGUAAACAACACACCUGUAUCCUUACAUAAUGUAUCAUGAAACUAACUAACCCUUUCCCAUUCCAAACAAUUGAAUUGUGGGCUUGAAUGUUUGUUCAUUAUAAUCACUGUUUUGUUAGUAAACUCCUGUACAGUAAUCCCUCACUAUAUCGCGCUUCGACUUUCACGGCUUCACUCUAUCGUGGAUUUUAAAUGUAAGCAUAUUUAAAUAUAUAUCGUAGAUUUUUUGCUGGUUUGCAGAUUUCUGCGGACAAUGGGUCUUUUAAUUUCUGGUACAUACUUCCUCAGUUGGUUUGCCCAGUUGAUUUCAUACAAGGGACGCUAUUAGCAGAUGGCUGAGAAGCUACCCAACCAGAGCGCGUAUUACGUAUUAAAUAAAACUCCUCAAAUAUAUUGUGAGCACGGGGGCUGUUCGCACCCCUAGAGGAUACGGCCGCUCCUCAAAAAACGCUGAAAGUUUACCUUCACACUGCUGCCAUCCUUGUUGGGCCUACAUGUGGCUGCUUUGUCAAGCGAUAUGCUUCCUGCACGGUGCUUCGCAUACUUAAAAGAUCAAACAGCACGUAUUGAUUUUUGAUUGUUUGUUUUUCUCUCUCUCUCUCUCUCUGACAUUCUCUGCUCCUGACGGAGGGAGUGUGAGCAGAGGGGCUGUUUGCACACUGGCCUAGAGGAUACGGACGCUUCUCUAAAAAAAUGCUGAAAGACUACCUUCACAUUGCUCUCUUCCUUGCAGCUGGUUUGUCCAGCGGUGCUUCGCAUACUUAAAAGCCAAACAGCCCUAUUGAUUUUUGAUUGUUUGCUUUUCUCUCUCUCUCUCUCUCUGACCUUCUCUGCUCCUGACGCGCACUCCUUUGAAGAGGAAGAUAUGUUUGCAUUCUUUUAAUUGUAAGACGGAACUAUCAUCUCUUUCUUGUCAUGAAGCACAGUUUAAACUUUUGAAAAAGAGACAAAUGUUUGUUUGCAGUGUUUGAAUAACGUUCCUGUCUCUCUACAACCUCCUGUGUUUCUGUGCAAAUCUGUGACCCAAGUGUAACAAUAUAAAAAUAACCAUAUAAACAUAUGGUUUCUACUUCGUGGAUUUUCACCUUUCGCGGGGAGUUCUGGAACGCAACCCCCGCGAUCAAGGAGGGAUUACUGUAUAGUUAAGAACUAUUGUUUUUGUUAUUGUGGACCAGGGGGCUUUAUGGUUCCUCUUCGAUUCAUUCUAAGGACUGGGGUUCCUUGUGAACAAAAAUUUUUAUCCAUUACCUUGUAAGCACUAUGUACUGUUUUGCAAUACAAAUAUCUAUUCAUUUGUAACAAUUCUUAAUACUUCCAAAACACAUUUUAAAUGUAUUUAUUAAGUGGAAUGUUUAUUUAAACAUUUCCAGUACAUACACUUAUGAAAUGAAAUUAACAGAUAUGUUGUUUGUUGCUCAUAUCCAUAAGUUUAAAAAAUUCUGUGGGUAACGUGCCAAUUCUAUCUUUUUUAGGUGUGUUCAUGUAUAAUGUGAAAAGCACUUGCUGCAAUCACCAUGUCUGUCUUUCUGUUCAUUUGUCUGGCCAGAAAAAAGCAUUGAUUUUGAUUAAAUUUGGCACAAUUUUUCUUCUUGACAGGGCAGUUCAGUUUUUCAAUAAGAUAUUUUGAAUACAGCGUGCCAUACUUAUUUUUGAAACUUCAAAAUUUCCCACUGAAAAACAUUUGGUGAAUUUGUGAUCUCAUCUGUCUUUCAGCAUGUUUGUCCCCACCUUGGCUGGUCAUGUCCAUCAUUAAUACUUGCUUACUCUCAUGAAUGCUACUUUUAUCAUAUUAAUAAAU